AUAGGGCAUGCCAUUCUGUGCAUUUCGCCAUUGAAACAGGAAGUGUGUGUAACUUGAGUGUACAUUGACCAAUUAGCUUGAUACUUUUCAGAAUUCAUAAGAGUUCAACACUCAGGACAUCUACAGGCCGAUAUUAGCUCAAAGUCAUAGCACGCCGUAAGUGGCAACAGGAAGUAGACCUAAAAGUCAAGGUGCUAUACUUUAACGAACUCCUCCUAGAGAUUUCAUCAGAUUUACUUCAAAUUCGGUCUGUGUCAUCUUAAGACCUUAAUGAUGAAAAUUUAUUAACAGCUUGAGUUUUUGUCAAACGGUGUGGGUUUGGGCGUGGCGGCCAGUUUGAAUAUUUAUUGAUAAACGAAAAAGUUGUUAUAACUUUAUUGUACAUUGUCAUAUUUGCCCAAAAUUUCUCACGAUUGACAAGAGUCCAGGCUUGAGGACAGUGGAGGAGAACUAUCAGAUCAAAGUCCUUAGCCAAUGCCAGCAAGGACGCUGGAUGACCUGGGAAGGAGUAAUAAGCAGGACCGUAGGUUAGGCCGACAUGUGGAAAAUCCCCCAAGCCAGGCUGAGUUGCUUCAUAAGGUCCACCCAUGACACCCUCCCAAGUCCCAGCAACCUCUGUCUGUGGUAUGGCUCAGAGGAGAGCUGCCAACUCUGCAAUGCCCCAAAUCCGAGCCUGCAGCACAUCCUGCCAAGCUGCAAAACAGCACUGACCCAGGGUCGGUACAGGUGGUGCCAUGACCGAGUCCUGCGGAGGCUGGAGGAGAUCCUGGAGGUAUGCAGGGCAGAAACAGCCAGGGAGCCCCUAGCACUGACAUCAGGGUGGCCGAUCUACUUCGUCAGAGAGGGAGGAGGGGCCUCUAACAUCACGCAGCCACAGAGAUCAGCCCUGGCAGGCAGUUGUGAGUGGAACCUGAGAGUGGACCUCGAUCGGCAGCUCAGGUUUCCAACAGGGAUCACCACAACCAACCUUCGACCGGACAUCAUUCUCUGGUCUGCCACAGCCCGGGCAGUAAUCUUGCAGAGCUCACUGUCCUGUGGGAGGGAGGAAUGGAGGCAGCCUUUGAGAGUAAAAAAAGCCGGUAUCUCAACCUCACAGCCGAAUGCAGAGAGGCUGGGUGGUCAACUGUCAGCUACCCAGUGGAAGUCAGCUGUAGGGGGUUCGUGGGAGCAUCCACCCAGCGCUUCCUGAAGAGUAUGGGAGUCACUGGCCCCAAACUCAGAAACGCUCUGAAAGACCUUGCCGAGGAGGCUGAGCAGGGAUGCUUCUGGCUUUGGUUAAGAAGGAAGGACCAGG